AUGCCGAUGCAAGUCCCCCCGGGACACUUGGUGCAGCAAAUUGUGGACGAGGAUGGGGUUCUAACUCACGUAAUCCUCUCUCCCAUCGCGCCCUACUCAUCGCAAAAGGCGGUAUCUCCGGUUCCUACCGGUGGAAGUGCACCUACUCUGACCCGCUCAUCACCCCCCUCAGCUAGGAGUCCCUUGUCCGGCUCUGCUCCGCGCUUGCCUGCCUGGCCCUCGCGACUCUGUGCCACUGGUGGUGUCAACGUCAUCAUUAGCCCUAAGACUUCACCUGGUCUUGCGGUGGCCGGACCUACGUGGCCCACACACACUCGACCGGUUGAUAUGGCUUUGGUACAACCACCACCUCUACACCACCAGCAACUGCAACACAAACCGACAAAUGAUUUUCUCUCUCUGCCUAACGAGACCGUCACAUCUCUCCCAGAGCAGCGCUGGAAAGUAAAACAAGAGAGGCAGGUUGGGGCAAAAAGGGAGAACCUAGAGGAGGUAGGCCCUUUACAACCCUCAAAAUCCUUACAAACUUUCCUUUGGAAAGGUUGA